AUGGCCAAGUUGCGAGUAAGUUCUGAGCAGAGUAUUUAUGGACUUGGAUUCAAAGGCAAAAGAAGUGAGACCAUUUCAAACCCAUUUGAAGCAAAUGUGGCCACUUGCAAAGAUGAACUGCAGCUGGAGUUCAUUAGAGAUACGUUCACAGAAGGGCAGGACCUAAGGUCAGAUAUUGAGUCUGAGAUAAGUGGCAAGUUUAGAGAUUUGACUCUUGCUCUUCUUGAUCAUCCUAGAAUAUUUGAUGCCAAGGAAUGUAAUGAUGCUAUAAAGGGUGUUGGUACAGAUGAAGAUGCACUCAUUGAAAUCCUUAGUAGUCGCAGCAAUGCAGAGAUAGCAGAAAUCAGGGCACAGUACAAGGCUUUGUACAAAAGAGAACUGGAGCGUGAUAUUCAAGCUGAUACUAGUGGUCAUUUUAAGCGCCUUUUGACUUCAUUGGUGACAGGAGGAAGAGAAGUGGAUCGACCUCAGGCUGAUGUAGAGCUUGCGAAGAAGGAAGCUCAAGAACUUUAUCAGGCAGGUGAAAAGCAGAUGGGCACAGAUGAAUCAGUAUUUAACCGCAUAUUGUGCCUGCGUAGCAUAAUACAAUUAAGAGAAACCUUUAAUCAGUACAAAGCCAUUAGUGGAAAAGAUAUUGAAAAAUCCAUUCAAGCUGAAAUGAGUGGUAAUCUUGAAUUAGGCUGCAUGGCUAUAGUUCAAGUUGCCAAGAACCCAGCAGCAUUUUUUGCUAGCAGACUGCAUAAAUGUAUGAAGGGAGCGGGAACCAAUGAUAAAGCUCUCAUCCGUGCUGUCGUUUCUCGCAGUGAAGUGGACAUGGCAGCUAUUAAAAAAGAAUUUCAGACUAUGUUUGGGAAGUCUUUGUCCAGCUUUAUUGAAGGCGAUACUAGUGGAGACUAUAAAAAAAUGUUGCUUGCUAUCGUGGGAAAAUAAAAAGAAAUCCAAAAACCUACUGGUUGUGUAUAGAGAAUAUUUUCAGAUUUAAAAAUUAAUUAAAGACAUUAUUUAAUAUGCAGUAUGCCUACUUUUAAAAACUUGUAAACAUUUUUUAUUUCCAUGGAUGUGUAACAAUUUGAAACAGAUUGUAUUUUAUGUAUGAAAAUUUUAACUCUACCAUGUUGUAUUAACAGCAGCAAAAUGCAAUAACUAUGGAAGUUGCUCUUUAAUUACUACAAAAAAGUUCAAUCUUUUGCCAACUACUAUGUCACAACUUCACUGUAGAAUUUAAAAGGUUAAAACAUUGUUAUUUUUCUAGAAAAUUUAAAAAAUGCUACAUCUGUAGAUGAUUGAGGAAAGGUCAUCUAAAAAUGCUUAUAGUUAUAGCACUCAAUUAAUUUAAAUUGCAUUUCUUAAUUAGCUCUGUAUGUUUUUUUAUGUCUAUUUUUUGUACCUAUUCCUAUUACAAUGGUACCACAUAGAACCAAAAAAAAAAAGCUCAGGCCACAGAAAUUGUGACAUAUUUAGAGGAAAAAUUAAGCCUUUUAAGUUGCUUUAUCUUCCAGGCAUUAUAACCAAUUGGGAUUAACUGUUUAGAUUAUAAUAGGAACAGUCUGCAUGGUUACAUAGUGUAUUUCUUCCAUGCACCACCUUCAUCCCCAGAUCAAAUUAUUUCCCAUGUCUUAAAAAAUAAUUAAUUGAACUGUCUGAAGUGAUUGAUCAGCUCUAUCAGGUACCACUGUAAAAUAUUUUUUUAAAAUAUAUUACAUUGUGCACAGUACUAAAUUAAAAUAUCAGUGAUUAUGUAGUAAGUAUAUGCUUUACUUAUUUUUGUGAUUGCAGAACAUAAUUUCAAAUUACUUAUUUUUGUGAUUGCAGAACAUAAUUUCAAAAUAUAUUUUGUGCUUUAUAAAGCUUUUUUUUAUUGAUAAGGUUUUUGUAAAAUUCUUACAACAGAACAUUCCAAAAAAUAUUUUAAAAAACAUUUAAUGUGUUUUACAGUAAACUUCACAUUUAUUUUGAUCACUGUAUGCUCAUGUCAAUUAUCUCAACUGUUUUUAUCAGUUUUGAAAUUUGUUAACAAUGACCCAUUAGGGUAGCAAGAUACUAAUAGAAACAAGACUAACUAGACUCAUAUUUGUGACAAUUCAAAUUAAUUUUUUGUAUAUGUUUAUUUUCACAUAGCCUGCUUAUGAUAAUUAGCAAUAAAAGCUUGCAAAGCUAA